CUUUCUGUAAAGCAGCUUCGCUGCAGUAGAGCUGAAGUUAACCGUACAGGCAGACCGGGAACGCGUCCCGUCUUUCUGUUUGAUUGUUCUCCCGGAUUUGUCAUCAGCUUGUAACCGAUUCUUUAAUGAACGCACAGCUUAGCAUCUCGCGCUCGGAGGAACUUGGACUUUUGUUGUCUCUAAACAAACCUAACGUGACUAUGUAGAGUAACUGUUCUCUCCGUUCUGGAUUUCGGAUCGGAGUACCUUUAAUCCUGAAAAAGAGGAGCGCAACAAUGGGCAAACUCCAGUCCAAACACGCGUGCAAGCGCAGAGAAAACCCUGAAGGAGACAGUUUUGUCGUGAACGCCUUCCUGCGCAGAGGGAUGGAGGAAUGUGAGCGCUACGGCGCAGCGGACCACAAGCUGAAGAGCAUGCAGGAGUUUCCAAACAGGGAGCUGAAGGAGAGCCAUUUAACCGAUCAACAUUGUCCUCUAGAGGUGGUUCUCCCACCAGAGAAGGCUGAGGGCUGUGAGAGUUACCUGCAGUACCUCAACGCAGAGGACGGAGAGAAGGAGCCGCUCAGAGAGUCUGCCAAAACGCCCGGGAAGAAGCGCAUUAGCCUCAAUGACCUGGAGUGUGAUGUUUCUGUAGAGGACGGAAACCGUCAGGAGUGGAUCUUCACGCUUUAUGAUUUUGACAACAGUGGGAAAGUUACAAAGGAGGACAUGUCGAGUUUGAUGCAUACGAUUUACGAUGUGGUGGAUGCCUCAGUGAAUCACUCCUGCCAUAACAAAAGCAAGACUCUGCGCGUCAAACUGACCGUCACUCCUGAACCCAGAUGCCACAGAAGAGAAGCAGGAACAGAGCGUUGCCACCAGGAAGAAGGUCGUUCAUCUGACAGGCGCCUGUCUGCACACAUCAGCAGCAAAACACAGGCCAGUGAAGCACCAGCCACUGAGGGUCAGCAUUACUGUGUGGAUGAGAACACAGAGAGGAGGAAUCACUACCUGGACUUGGCAGGCAUCGAGAACUACACCUCCAGAUUUGAAGGAACAACUCCAGUCUUUCCACCUCCAGAAGCUCAUGGCCGAAGUUCACAAAACCAGAGCCGCUCACGCUCUCAGGAGCCUGAAGCCCAGGUUGUCCAUCAGCGCCGCUCACAGGUCAUCAGUGACAGCUACAAUCCUGCAGAAGCUCGAGGAAAAAGUACUCAGUUUCUCAAGUCUCCUAAAGGAACCUACAAAGGUGGCGGAGGAAAUAAUGGGGGCAGUGGGGGUGGAAAGUCCACCAAAUGCCACGGCUAUCAUCCGGCACUGCAAACCGUGUCACAUGGCGGCAAUGUUUCAGGCCACGGAGGUCAGGAUGUGUACCACAUGCCGCACCAUUCUCAAUCCUCCAGCCACCACCAGCAUCCUCUGCAAUACAGCCACAGUAAACGCUUGAGGGCCAAAACCCGAGAGGCCUUGUCCCCAACCAAAACCCCUUUGUCUCUACAGUCCCACCCCCAGCAGCAACAGCCUCCGCUGCCCUCUGUACUGCCAAGUCUGGAGAGGGAGCAGGCGUCCGGUCCACCGGGGAGUCCAGGCUUUGUGGUUCCCGUUGUGCAGCGUCACGAGCAUCACCACCACCACGAGCACCACCAUCACCACCACUACCACCACUACCACCAGACAUGACAGCCCUCUGUGUGCAGCGACUGGAACUGUACAGGACCAACCACAGCAAGCCACACCAGUGUGACGGACUCAAAUCCUCCCGUGGGGAUGUGCUAAGCUCCGCCCACGUCGUUGUAACCUCCUCCUUCAAGCUAUACUUCUACGUGCUGGGUGUACAGAGGAAAUGUGGACCAUGACGGAAGAGGAAAGUGGCCAAAAAGAUGUUUUGUUGUAAGGAAAGCAAGGUGGAGCAAUGUAUCAGUGUUUUUAGAUUCCUUGCAGGAAAGAUUACUUUGGAUAUAUUGCUCUUUCUCUUCGGAAGCCGUUGAUGAAACUCUGACUAGAAUAUAUAUCAGAGUAGUAGUGACGUUUUGUGAAACCUCUCCAAAAGAAUAAAACAGAUCUCAGGUGUAAAGUUGCUGCUUCUCCUAAGCUUUUGACAGAGGCCCCUCUCACAUGGACGCCUGCUGUUAACUGAGGGGCAUUCUUCACAGAUGGGGGGUGAGGUUGGGGUGGGAUGGGGGGUUUUGAAAUCACCACUGCCAGUUUUUAAUGCAAAAAUAUCCUGCUAUAUGUAUUAUAAAAAAUCUAUAUAUGAAAACACAUUUUACUGUGUAACUCCACUUUAUGUGCGUAUGUCAUCAUAAACAUAAUUAUGCAUAUCUGUAUUGUGUCUUUUAUAUAUUUUAAUAAACAUUAUGAAAUUCAUUAA